AUGCCUAAUCUCGAGAAAUACGUCAACUUCAACCCGGAGAAGGAGAUUCCAGAGCUUGAUGGAAAGGUUAUAUUUAUCACUGGAGGAACUUCUGGCCUCGGAAGAGCUUCAGUGGCCUCCCUUGCCAAGCGCAAUCCGGCGCACAUCUACUUCACUGGCCGCAACAACAAAGCAGCACAAGAAUUGAUCCAUGAAGUCCACACAGAAAAGCCUUCAGUCAAAUUGACAUUUGUCAAGAUGGACAUGACCUCCUUGGUAUCCGUCAAGGAAGCUUGUAAAGAGUUUGUCCAUGAUAGACUCGAUAUCCUCAUGUGCAACGCAGGUGUCAUGUUCAUCCCCGCUGGUGUCAGCAAGGACGGGUUCGAGCUUCACUUUGCCAUCAACCAUCUCGCACAUGCCAUGAUCAUUCAAGAAUUGAUGCCGGUCUUACAAAAGUCUGCUAGUCAGCCAAGCUCUGAUGUACGCGUCUUGUGUUUGACAUCGACUGCUUGGAUGAGUCACCCAAGCGAUGGUAUCACCUUCUCGACUCUUCGUACACCACAGAGAGGGUUCAUGGGAUCAUAUUUCAGAUAUGGACAAAGCAAGCUAGCAAAUAUCGUCUACGCGGCCGAACUUGCCCGCCAGUACCCUGACACAAAUAUAAGAUUCAUCUCUGUUCACCCGGGAGCCGUCAAUACACACUUAACAACGUCAAUACCUUGGAAUCUGAGGCUAUUUACAGUAGUUUUCCUAUGGUUCCUGGGAGUCACUUUUAUGGACGAAGAUCAAGGUCGCUUGAGUCAGCUGUGGGCCGCAGCUGGAGCCAAGAGAGACGAGUUAGAAGAUGGGGGGUUUUACAUGCCGGUGGGAAGGUUGAGUAACGACAGAUUGGACAAGACAGCAAAGAGCCUGGAGCUGUCCAAGAAGCUAUGGACUUUUACUCAAGAUGUCUUGAGCAAAUUCUGA